AUGACUGCUGAGAACAACAAUACUGUCUACGUCGUCACCGGCGCCAACAGAGGCAUUGGUCUCGGCCUCGUUAAGACCCUACUCUCCCGCCCCUCCGUCACCGUCAUCGCCAGUGUUCGCAAUGACGAUGCUGCUACAAGCCUCAAAUCGGACACUGACUCUGUCACCAAGGGCGAGAAUACCUCCCUCAUCAUUGUCAAGCUCGAUUUCUCCAAUGCUCUCGCCCCUGAGCAGAUCCGCGAUGCCUUCACCGUUGAUCAUGUCGACAUUUUGAUCAACAACGCUGCCUUUUCCCCGUCCAUGACCCUCGCGGCCGAGACUCCUGCCGACAAUCUUCGAGCCGCUUUCGAGAUAAACACCAUUGGACCUCUCACGGUCUUUCAGGGGCUUUGGCCUCUACUGCAGAAGUCAACGGCUCCCAAGGUGAUCAACGUCACUUCUUCUGUCGGUUGUAUCACUAUCCAGGAAGGUCCUGGCGGUGCCUAUGGUCCUAGCAAGGCUGCACUCAACUGGCUCACUCGCGCUCUGCACAUGCAGAAUCAGGGGCUUGUGGCUGUUGCACUUCAUCCUGGUUGGGUUCAGACGCGUAUGGGAGAGCUGUGUGCCAGGGACUGGGGCUUUCCUGGUUCUCCCCCUGAGACCAUCGAGUGGUCUGUUGAGGGAAUGCUUCAGAUCAUUGAUGAGGCUACUAGAGAGAAGUACUCGGGCAAGUUUGUCACGUACAAGGGCCAGGAACUUCCUUGGUGA